AUGUUGUUUUUAACGCGACUUCGUAAGGAACAGUUACGUUUUGUAGCCAAAGAAUUAUCCGAAGAUGUUACAUCUAGUGACUUGAAAAUUUCAGAUUUGAGGAAGUUGAUAUUAAAUAGUAAAAACUAUGAUGAAGAAAUGGUAAGAGGAAUGGUUGAUAUUUUAAUUGAAGAAGCUGAACAGGAUCGACAAGCCAAGCGAGAAGAAGCCGAGAGACAGGCCAAACGGGAAGAAGCCGAACGACAAGAAAAGCGGGAAGAAGCGGAAAGAAAACAUGCUUUAGAACUUAAAAAGUUAGAGAUUGCUGCUGAAACUUCAGGUUUCGUUGGCUCAGAAUUAUUACCAUCGGGGCCAAAAGUUGAUUGGCAGUCACAAUUGAGAAAAUUUAGUACUAGUAGUGAAGACAUCGGCCUUUAUUUAAUUCACUUUGAGAGGGACAUGAAACGAGUACAAAUGCCAAAUACGCUGUGGAUGGCAUGCUUGGUUAAUCAGCUACCAACUGAAAUUGUGCAAAUGAUUAUGAGAGAACCGGAAGAACAAUCCGAAAAUUGUGAGUAUGUGAAGUCACUUUUACUUAAGCGUUAUAAAUUAAGUGCUGAAAAAUUUAGGCAAUUAUUUUAUUCACAUGAGAUUACUUGUGGUAAGACAUGGAAAGAAUAUUAUCAUGAGCUGGAAACAUUUUUUAAUGGGUGGAUCGCAGGGCUUAAAAUAAACAGUUUUGCGAGUUUGAAGGAUUUAAUCAUCGCUGAUCAAAUGAAAUCCCGCACACCUCCAGAAAUUCGUGAACAUUAUUUAGAUCAAUGGACACAAAUAGUUUCCCCAUACAUGCUUGCUGAAAAGGUUGAUGAAUUUAUUGAACUAAAGGAUAAUUUCAAGAAAAGUGGUCGUUUUAGUAGUAAACUCAAUAGUAUUAAGUUUGUAAAAGAAGAAAAUUACGCCAUUAGUAAACAAACUGAUCCAAGUCGAUUUAAAAACAAUCCAACCAUCUGCUAUAAUUGCUUUGAAAGUGGACAUUUUGCUCGUGAUUGUGCACAGCCCAAGCGACCAAAAUUUUGCACUGCAUGUAAGAAGGAGGGUCACGGGACAAAAGAAUGUCCAAAUAAAAUACCUUCACCAUUAGUCAACGCAAUUUCGGCUGCCAGUCGCGUUAAUAGCACAACAAAGAAUAUCAGUCUUGAAGGAGAAAAUACCAGUGCUCUUAUGGAUACUGCAGCUGAUAUAUCUAUGUUGAAAUAUAGUUUUGCUCAACGGUUAAAUAAAAACAUAAACAGAAAAGUUACUGUUCCAAUUAGAGGCAUUGGAGAUGUGAAAGAAUCACUCGAAAUCAUUAUUGUUAACGUGAUUAUUGACAAAGUAAAGCUACGUGAAGUGCUAUUUUAUGUUGGGAAUGAUGAUACUUUUGAGGGCCCUGACGUCCUCAUAGGCAAUGACAUUAUUGAAUCUCCCAAAGUGGUUAUGGUUCGAAAUCAAGGGAGAUGCAAAUUAGUUAAUAUUGAUGAGUUGAGCAUUUUACGUGAUUUUCAAGUGGAUGAAAUGCCUGAUAGAGCAGUAUUAAGGACUCUUAAAGAAUUUGUGAUUGAACCACGCACAGUUCAAUGA